AUGCGCCGGCUAGAGCAAGCAAUCUUCGAUAUCAGUGAAAAUAUAAAACCGCGUGAUGAAACACCUGCCUCGCUGGCAGGUUCAUACUCGCAUCCUGUGCUAGAAGGAUCAACCGACACAAACGCCACAGGGACUCCGGGGGAUCCCACCGAUGCCUCCUCGCAAGGACAAGCCAACGCCAUCGAAAUAGAAAUGCACGGAAUUAACAGCAUGCUACCUUUUGGCCGUAAGCUCGUAGCGCAUAACUUGCCAUCUAUCUGCCCGAACCCCCUGCAGCGGCAGGCAAUCUGGCAAAGCUACCUGGAGAAUGUGGCUCCGCUCGUGACCGUCGUACAUCGGCCAAGUCUGGAGAAGCUUUUGGCACAAGUGAAUGAGUCUGAAGACACUCUUGAAAAAGCAGAUAAGGCCCUGGUUUUUGCCGUAUACUUAUCUGCGAUCAUAAGCAUGACACCCGCCCAGUGCUUCGACAAACUUGGCGAACAGCAAGAGUCGGCAAUCGCUUGGUAUCGUUUGGCUGUUGAGCAAGCGCUCACUGAGGCUGAUUUGUUCAAUUCUCAUGACUUUACCUUGCUUCAAUCUGCCGUAUUAUACCUUAUUUCUAUUCGACGACAUGAUAAGGGACAUCUUGUAUGGACUAUGACAGCGGUCGUAUUGCGACUCGCGCAAAAGUUGGAGUUUCAUCGCGAAAGCGCUCUGUCCGUCACCUCUCCCAUGGAUGCUGAGAUGUCGCGCCGACUUUGGUGGCAUAUCUUGGUGCUAGAUGUGCAAUCUGCUGAGGAUCAUCGUACUGAGCCUCUAAUCCAUGAUGGGCAGUUUGACACCAAAUUUCCAUUAAACAUCAACGAUGAAGACCUGGUUCUCGGAGACAAAGAUUUUCCAUGUGAACGCUCGGGUUAUACAAAUAUGACCUUUUCCCUGAUCCGGUUCGAGAUUACGGCUACUUAUCGUCUCCUGAAAUAUUCUUCAUUCAGACAACCCGAUAUCUCUGCCGAGGAUUUGUUGGCGAGUCGCCAGCAGCACGUAAUUGGCCUGGAGCGUCGUUUGCGCGAAAAAUAUCUGCGACAUUCUACCACAUCCGCCACUGUGCAUUGGCUCUGCGCUACUAUUUCUUGGUUAGUGCUCGCUAAACUGCGAGUUUCUGUCUAUGACACGUUGAUGUCCGGAGAUAUGUGGAACAUGGAGCUCAACGCGAGCAUUCGUGAGUUUCUCUUUGCGACAUCAAUCGAUGUAAUCGAGCUCUCAGCCAUCCUGGAGACCAGCCAGAAAAACCUUGGCAAUUGGACUUGGAUUUUCAAAAAUAACAAUCAGUGGCGUGCGCUUUCUUUUGUCCUGGUGGAGCUCUGUCUCCAUCCCAUGGGAAAUGAUGUGGACCGUGCCUGGCGCGCAAUUGAUCAUGCCUUCUCUCUGUGGGAGUCGCAAGACGCAUGCGCCCAGAAGGACAUUUGGUCAAUUGUCUCCCAGCUCAAGGAGCGAGCUAUCCAGGCCAGGAGGCGACAGCUGGUCAACUUCCGUAUCCCUGCAUCAACGCUUGCACGUCAGUACUGCCGUUCGUUUCCUGUAGUGGAAUCACAGCAUUUGAACGAUGGCAAUGAUGUACGACAACCGCUAUCAACAUGCACUGAAACGCCUUCUUGCUCUCCGGAGCAUUCAUCACGCAUGCAUUAUUCCUGGCCCGCGUGGAAUCCCCCGGAUCUUUCGGCGUUUGGUUCAGUCGAAGAUCCGGGGUUAGUCUCGGGCAUAAACACCUCCGCUGGUGACCUGCCAGAGAACCUAUAUUUUUCGCACACUGGUUCCUUGUCUGAUCACGUUUUAGGUUUCUUUUGA